AGCCGCUGCAGCGCUCGCAGUCGCAGAUCUGUCGUCUUCGUUUUCUCUGGCCAACUUCUUUCCUUAAAUCACACACUUCCUCUAAGGAAAAAUGCUAAAAUUAUACAAUGUUUUUUUAAUAAUUUAAUGAGAUGAAGAUCGGAGGGUGUUAAUUUCUUUCUUUUAUUGAUGAAUGUGACUGCAAUGACAUGUUGAUGUGCGAAAAAAGAUGUAUAAAAUAAUAGCUCUGUCCGCUCUCGUUCUAGUUGACCGCCUAUUGAUACCUGAGCACGACAAUGGCGAACCAGAGCCUUGGCGCUCUCACUUGGUGGAGGAAGUGGGCCAAGAAGAACUGGGCAAUCGCAGCCGUCGGAUUCUCCGUCGCAAUCUUCAUCUUCCCUCUCAUCUCAAACUCUUGGCGCGGCGAUGACUCUAACGUCAGCCAACCAUUCGAUGGCAGCCACUCCAUCGACGCCAAUCUGGUCGACCUCACCCUGUUGCACAACGCCAAGGACAGAGGCGCCCUUUGUUUAGAUGGGAGUCCCGCGGGGUACCAUUUCCAGAAGGGGUUUGGAUCUGGGUCUAACAAUUGGCUGCUUCACAUUGAGGGUGGAGGUUGGUGCGAUACAAUAUCAUCAUGUUCUUCUCGCAGCUUAAACCCUUUAGGUUCUUCCAAGUACAUGGAGCGUCAAGUUCCAUUUUCCGGGAUCUUGAGCCAUGAUCCGGCCCAAAACCCUGAUUUCUUCAGCUGGAACAAAGUCAAGAUACGUUAUUGUGAUGGCGCGUCAUUUGCCGGCCACCCCGAAAGUGAAAAUGGAACGGGACUUUUCUUCAGAGGGCAGCUCAUCUGGGAAGCACUUAUGGAUGAACUCUUAUCACUUGGCUUGUCUAGUGCAAAACAGGCUCUUCUUUCAGGAUGCUCUGCUGGAGGUUUGGCUUCUCUUAUACAUUGUGAUGAUUUUCCAACAUUUCUGCCCAAGGAUGCCACUGUCAAGUGUCUUUCCGACGCAGGUUUUUUCCUUGAUGAGAAGGAUGUUCUUGGAAAUCAAGUUUUUGGAUCUUUCUAUCGUGAUGUUGUCCAACUUCAGGGUGUAGCAAAAAGUUUGCACAAGGAUUGUGUUGCGAGAAUGGAACCACAUAAGUGCCUCUUCCCUCGGGAGAUUAUCAAAAACAUAAAGACUCCAGUGUUUCUUGUCAACCCAGCUUAUGACUUCUGGCAGAUACAAAAUAUCUUGGUACCAGAUGCGUCAGAUCCUCAUCACAGCUGGCAAAAUUGCAGACUAAACAUUCAUAAAUGUAAUCCUAGUCAGAUUGCAACACUACAAGGUUUCCGCAGUUCUCUGCUCGAGGCACUGAGUGAAUUCCAAAAAAACAAGGAAGGGGGGAUGUUUAUAAAUUCUUGCUUUGUUCAUUGCCAGACAUGGAUGCCUGACACAUGGCAUUCACCCAAGUCUCCAAGAAUAAACAAGAAGACCAUUGCAGAGUCUGUAGGUGAUUGGUUCUUCAAUCGAAACAAAGUGAAGCAAAUUGACUGCCCUUAUCCAUGCAAUCCCACCUGCCACAAUCUGGAUUUCACUCGAGGGUGAUGGAGCUUUUUACUGUCUAGUUUUUUCUAAUGGGUUAUUCUCAGCUCCAGAUCUCCAAAUUCUCAAAACACGCAGAUGGAAUUGUUUUUCUGCAUGUCCAAAGCAUGAUGAUCCUGUAUUUAAGCAGAUUAUGGCCAAUUGGAAUCCAUUGCAGUGUUAGGCUGUGAUUAAUAUACAAAGAGUGAAGACAAUUGUAUCACACUGAGUUCAAAACUCUGUUGUGCCAACUGCUUUUGUUGAAGUCACAGAACUUUUUCAAUUGCAUUCUUUACAAAGAAAAAACGAUGCUGUUUUACACUUGCUAUAUAUUCACUAUUUUGUGA